AUGUCGGACGCAAUCCCAGCUCUCCUCAUCAUCCUCAUCACCAUCCUUCUGCCGCCGGUCGGUGUCUUCAUGGUGGCAGGCUGUGGCGCCGACCUGUUUGUCAACAUCUGCCUGACCAUCCUUGGCUAUAUCCCUGGUCACAUCCAUGCCUUCUACAUUGAAUACGUCUACUUUGACCGCCGAGAUCGUGCGAGACAUGGCCAACUCACUGGCCAAAGCGCCCCAGGAGUGUACUCAGAUCGCGUGCAGAGUGGCGGUUAUGGAACUAUCUGA